AUGAGCUCGCGCUCGGAACGCCGGCGCUCCGGGGUGUGGACACAGACCGACAAGACGGGCGAUGCGAUGGCCGUGGAGAAGGAGAAGAGACAUCGCUGGGGAGGCGGCGACAAGCAGCGCCGUGAGCCGAGCAUGUACGAUGAGUAUCUGUCAAAGGAAAGGAAGCAGGACAAGGCGGCCGCACAACAGCAGCCGUCAGCCGUCAAUAGUAAUAAUGAGGGUGGAUCGAGGCCGCGGACCGUGGAGCGAAGGCCUUCAAUGCCCCUGCGGCAAAGUAGUACAACAGCAAGCGGCACCACCAUUCGACCGGUAACACCCGACGACCACCACGCGGCUUUGGGUCUGGCACCGGAGCACAAUCGCGCCAAUUUGCCAGAGAGCACAACGAUGAACUUUGAGCGCGUCUUUAUUCCCCACACCACGACCACCAUCGUGGGCGGCGCCGCGGCCAGCAAGAACACCGACAGCCCCAGCAGCUCCAGCAAGAGCAGGAAGUGGAACAGCGACCGCUCGGGACGAACGAGUCAGGUCAACAGUCCGCCGAGCAGCAGGAACGGCAGCGUCAGCAUUGGCAGCACGUCGUUCUUGAGCCGGAGCGGCAGUAAGAGCAAGAGCAAUGGACAGCGCCCUCACGGCGCCAUGGUCGACAACGAUGCCUCUUCCCGGCCGCGGACCCGGACGCUGGAGGAAACGACAGGGAGAGAGCAGUCUCCCGCUGCAAUCAUGUCCAAGAACAGGAACCGAAUUGGCAGUGUGCAUGCGCUCUCCUCCCCCUCUUACCAGGGCGGUGCAGAAUUUCUUGCCUCCGUGCCGGGUUCAGUAGAGACGCCAGCAGCUCCAUCAAUAUCUUCCGUGAGCUCGCCCGUCCAAUCGCCUUCGGAACAGCCUGGUCCUCGUUCGAUAUCGCCAGUAUCCUCCAGUACAGUUGACUCCAUCACCUCGGCGCUUCCCAGUGCGAAUGCUAGGCGUAUCUUGCACUUGAUGAAAACGUUGAACGGCAGAAUGAGUGGCAAUGUGGUUUUUCGGCGCGGCUUCGGCAACCCGUGGGCGCAGAGCUAUUGCUAUAUCCAUGAAGAAUCCGGGAGCUUGAUGUACGAAUCCAGAGGCAGCGAGGGCGCUCACAAGACCUUGAUCGAGCACCUGCAAGGCGCCAAAGUGCGAUCGAAUCUGGACGGCGAUGUGCCAUAUCUGGAAGUGACGGUUCCCUACAACACCGAUGAGAUUCACAUCAAACUGCAAACGCAAUCCGACUUCGAUGCCUGGUUCGCUGCUCUACUCCACUGGACGCCAAAGGACACAAACUCGGUAUCGAGUAACGAGCCGCGACCAGACUCUUCGAUGGAAACAAAGCAAGCAACAACAGCGGAGAAUUCCAAGCGCAGGGCUUCCGUCAACAACCCUGUCAAUAGAAUGAGUCGCGAUCGUGCAUCGAGCGACAAGAGCGUCAAGAGCGACAGACGUAAGUCGGUCAUUGCUGCUCUACCCAAGGAGAAUCCAGUCAUCAAGAUCGGAAAGAUGAUUUACUGGGACACCAAUGUUGGCUAUAGCAACUCCACCGCGUCAGCCGUGGGCCAGCCAUCCACCAGGCCCUUUGCGCAGCGGGUGCAGAGCGUCGGUGCAAGGAGGUGGCGUCGCAUUAGUGGCCAGCUGCGGGAGAAUGGAGAGUUGAAGCUUCAUUCGGACGCUGAUAAUUCUUUGAUCUCCGUCGUGCAACUGAGCCAGCUGAGUCGAUGUGCGAUACAACGAUUGGACCCGAGCGUGCUCGACCACGACUUCUGCAUCGCAAUUUAUCCACAAUACACUUCUGGCUACACGAACACUCAGCCAGGCUUCAUUAGACCGAUCUUCCUGAGUUUAGAGAACCGGAUACUGUACGAGGUUUGGUUCGUGCUACUCCGGGCUUUCACCAUGCCUUCAAUCUAUGGCCCUCGAAUGGAUGCGGAAGGCGUAGUAUCAGGCGAGGCAGGAAAUCGAGACCUGGAGAACAUGAUCGCAACAAGCACAACAUACACUUUCCGAAUGGAACGAAGCUUAAGCGUGAGAGUAGUCGAAGCAAAGAUGCAGCCUCACAACGCAACGACCAACGACUCCGGAUUCAGUGGCGGUUUCAGCAGACAGCAAUCUAGCUCUGCGCCUGAAAAACAUGGAUACUAUUCCCAAGUCCUACUGGACAACGAGACGCGAGGCAAGACUGUCGUCAAGUUCGACGGACUCAACCCCCUUUGGGGUGAGAGCUUCGAAUUUCAAGACCUGCCACCUGUGCUGAAUAGUGCGAGCAUAAUUGUUAAGCGAAGGCCCCCGGAACAGUCAGGGAUGCAGCAGGAUGGCCGGCAAAGUUCGGACGUCAAUGGCGACCAGCAAGGAGGCUUUACACCACUAGCUUUUGACGUCACAUGCGGAAAGGUCGAGAUUCAGAUGGAAGAGCUCGAACCUGAGAAGGAAGUUGAGAAAUGGUGGCCGGUGGUCAAUAUGCACGGGCAGAGAGUCGGCGAAAUCCUUGUCAAGGUGCGCGCGGACGAGGGCAUCAUCCUGAUGGCGCGUGACUACCGGCCCUUGAGCGAUCUCCUCCAUCGAUUUUCCAAUGGACUCACUUUGCAAAUUGCGCAGAUGAUACCCAGCGAGCUUAAGCGGCUUAGCGAUGCUCUCUUGAAUAUCUACCAGGUCUCGGGCAAAGCCGGCGACUGGAUCAUGGCACUGGUUGAGGAAGAGAUUGAUGGAAUCCACAAAGAAACUCCGAUCAGUCGGUUAAGAUACAGCAGGCGUGCAGGAUCGAAUGACAGCGGUGAUCCGCUUGGGAGCGGCGCCGCAAACAGCGACAGAGAAUUGAUUGUCCGUGACUUAAACAAGAACGCUACCCUCGAGGCCAACUUGCUCUUCCGAGGCAACACCUUACUGACGAAGAGUUUAGACUCGCAUAUGAGAAGAGUUGGCAAAGAAUACUUGGAAGAAUCUCUGGCAGCAAAACUCCAGGAAAUCAACGACAAGAACGAGGAUUGCGAAGUGGAUCCGAAUAGAGUUACUUCGCCUCAGGAGGUGAAUCGCAAUUGGCAAAAGCUUCUUUUGGCAACCCAGGAGGUCUGGAAAGGAAUUGCAGCCAGUAAGACACGCUGUCCCAUCGAGCUUAGGGUCAUCUUCAGGCACAUCCGUGCAUGCGCAGAGGAUCGUUACGGCGACUUCCUACGUACAGUCAGCUACAGCAGUGUGAGCGGCUUCUUGUUCUUACGGUUCUUCUGCCCAGCGGUUCUGAAUCCCAAGCUGUUUGGGCUUCUGAAGGGUAGGUUUGAAUACCAACACACCAUCUGGUGCCGCUGCUAACGUGUCCACAGACGACAUCAAGCCACGCGCUCGACGAACGUUCACACUCAUCGCGAAGUCGCUGCAGACCAUGGCGAACAUGGCAUCUUUUGGUACAAAGGAACCUUGGAUGGAGCCCAUGAAUGCUUUCCUUGUGCAGCAUCGUGACAGCUUCAAGUCGUUUAUUGACGACGUCUGUUAUGUGCCUGCGCCCCUUCCAAGCGCAGCGUUGGGACCGCAGUCACCCGCGUCGACCUCACCAACCUACCCACCAGGCGUGGUCAGCGCCGAACAGCACUUGAGCUACACCACACCCAUGACAAUCAUGCAACGCCUACCACCUAGCAGUCGAGAAGGCUUCCCGAGCUUACCCUAUCUCAUUGACCAGGCCAGGGCUUUUGCUGACCUGAUCCAUCUCUGGCUUGAAGCUGUCAGUGCGCUAUCGAAUCAGAACGACUCGGCCUCGUUGCCCGGCAAGUCACAUCAAGAUGUGGUCCACGCCAUCGAGGCUUCUGAAGGUGAUCUGAAGGGGUUCCAUCAGCUGUGUGAGGAGCUGAAUGCCAGGACGCAGGAGUGUUUGAAUCGGGCUGAGAGAGCAGAGCGUCCCGACAGUCCUCAUGAGUUCCAGUGGGAAGAUGUCAUCAACCAACUGCAGAAGGCGCAUAACAGUGGGCCCGGCGGCGGCGGCGGCGGCGGCGGCACCGCGGAAAAGGUCGUCAGCGACCCCUCGAUGAUCCCAGACGAUGCCAAUCCCGCGAUUGAGGCCACGCUGGCGCAGUUACGUGUACAGCCGGAUGACAUUGAGGAAGAGGGGGGACAGCCAGUGUACAGCCAGACACCACCGCAGUCGGAGCCUGUCGCCCACUGGAAGGUGCCACGCGCCAACCACCAAGAACGGCGACCAGGAUCUGCAAGUCUUGGAAGCAGCUUUCAGGGGAGCAGCACCCGCAACUUUGCAUCGCCCGGAGCAUCGGCCAGCCAGAGCAAUGUGUCGAGCGCUGUCAGCAGCGACACGGAACACACGACCGGCACGACUGCACUGCCUAGUUAUGACAAGGAAGUGCGACAUCGAGAGCGAAGGGAAGCGGCUCGACUGCAGAUUCAGAAGCAGAUGGAGGCGGCGCAGAUCAAGGAUAAAGAGAAGGAGAAGAAGAAGAUGAACAAGCUUGUGCCUGCCUUGAGAAAGAAGAACAAGGCGGAGAAAGAGAAGGAAGCCAAGAGUAACGGGACACCCUCCCCUGGCGAAAAUAUGAUAUGA